UCACUUCUCACGGCAAACGUGUUACGUCUAUUGAGUGAACUUUUUGUUGUUAUUCAUUUUGUGAAACUUUCGUCGGUAAAAAAUGGCGCCUAAAACUCCAACUGGCAGUUCUAGCAAGAAGGCUGGAAAAGCACAGAAGAGCAUCAACACCACGGACAGGAAGAAGAGGCGCAAGGUGCGGAAGGAGAGCUAUGCCAUUUACAUCUACAAGGUGCUAAAGCAAGUCCACCCGGACACUGGUGUCUCCUCAAAGGCAAUGAGCAUCAUGAACAGCUUCGUAAAUGAUAUUUUCGAGCGCAUUGCCUCCGAAGCAUCGCGCUUGGGUCACUACAACAAGAAGAGCACCAUCACGAGUCGGGAAAUCCAAACGGCGGUGCGCCUGCUGCUGCCGGGAGAGCUGGCCAAGCAUGCCGUCAGUGAGGGAACCAAGGCCGUCACCAAGUACACCAGCUCCAAGCAAUAGUUUUCGCUGCAGCAAAA